UCGAAGAGUCGUUCGGGCGAGAAGUAACGAGUUCAAAAGAGUUUCUCUCUCUAUAAUCCUUAGAGAGAGAGAGAGAGAGGGAGAUUGGAAACAAUGGCGGUGAGACUGUCAACUCUGUUCUUAAACCAGGGAUUGAGUGGACUCAGCUGCAACCACUCUAAUGCCCGUCUCACUUUGUCUUCUUCCUAUCGAUUAUUUCCUGCUUCUUGUAAAAUGCGACAACGUAAUCCCAGUACACCAAAUAAGAGACAGCAGUCUAAAAAAGCUUCUCACGAGCCUUUAAUAAGUGGAGAUUCUGACCAAGAUUCCGACAUUGCUUCAACAGCUAGUGUUCCAAUUUUGAAUCAGGAAAGCGUUUCUAUUGAUGAUGCACAAGAUUUGAACGGUGCAAUUGUCACUAAUGAAACAAAAUCUAUGGAAAGCAUUGUGAAUGAUGAUGCAGCCAAUAGCAUAGAAAUGAAGCGCAAUGAUGUAGCCGAUACCAUAGAAAUGAAGCACAAUGAUGCAGCCAAUACCAUAGAAAUGAAGCAUGAUGAAGCAAAAGAUCUGAGCGGUCUAAUUGCUUCUGAUGAAUUAAAAUCUUUGGUUCUCAAUGUGGAUGAAGCAGAGACGGUGUCGGAUAUUAAACUUGAAGAUUUGAUAGGAAUGAUAAAAAAUGCAGAGAAAAACAUCCUUCUUCUCAACCAAGCUCGGAUUCGAGCACUUGAGGAGCUUGAAAAAAUUGUUGCUGAGAAGGCGGAGUUGCAAGGAGAGAUCAAUAGCUUAGAAUUGAGAUUGGCGGAAACUGAUGCACGAAUUAAAGUAGCUACCCAAGAAAAGGUACAUGUGGAACUCUUGGGAGACCAGUUACAGGAGCUUCGAGACUCCCUCACUCGUAAGGAUGGUGGUGAGAAUCUGAAUGACAGAUUAAGUGAAAUCUCUCUGUCACAUGAAAGUAGCAUGACCAAUCUUACUGUGGAGCUUGAAUCAUUGAGGUCAGAAAAUCUCUCUCUGAAGAAUGAUUUAGAAAAACUUAAAGAAGAACUUGGUCAUGUAAAGAGUACUGACGAGCGUGUUAUGAUGCUGGAAACUGAACGUGCCUCUUUGGAGUCUUCUCUGAGAGAGAUAGAAUCUAAAUUGUCAGUUUCACAGGAAGAUGUAUCAAAGCUUUCUACUUUAAAAGUUGAAUACAAUGAUUUGGUGGAGAAAGUAGAAAACUUGCAAGUACUGCUUGAUAAGGCAACCAAACAAGCAGACCUGGCCAUCACAGUAUUACAGCAAAAUCAGGAGCUUCGAAAGAAGGUCGAUAAGUUAGAAGAAUCUCUUGAAGAAGCCAAUGUCUAUAAGCUGUCAUCAGAAAAAAUGCAGCAGUAUAAUGAUUUGAUGCAACAAAAGAUUAAGAUGAUGGAGGAUCGGCUUCAAAAGUCUGAUGAUGAGAUACAUUCUUAUAUUCAAUUAUAUCAAGAAUCUAUUCAGGAAUUUCAAGAUACACUUAGUAGUCUGAAAGAGGAAAGCAAGAAAAGGACACUUGAUGAACCUGUUGAUGAUAUGCCUUGGGAAUUUUGGAGCCGCUUAUUGCUUAUGAUUGAUGGUUGGUUGCUAGAAAAGAAAAUAUCAUCAAAUGAUGCAACUCUCUUGAGGGAAAUGGUGUGGAAGAGGGAUGGCCGAAUAUGCAAUGCAUAUAUGGCUUGCAAGGAAAAGAAUGAACGAGAAGCCCUGAGUACAUUUCUCAGGCUGACUUCAUCACCAACAAGUCCAGGAUUACAUGUCAUUCAUAUUGCAGCAGAGAUGGCACCAGUAGCUAAGGUUGGUGGUUUGGGUGAUGUUGUGGCUGGUCUUGGUAAAUCACUUCAAAAGAAGGGGCACCUUGUGGAGAUUGUUCUCCCCAAAUAUGACUGCGUAAAAUAUGAACUGAUUCGUGACUUAAGAGAACUAGAUACAGUGGUAGAGUCAUACUUUGAUGGUCGACUAUACAAAAACAAAGUUUGGGUUGGCACUGUUGAAGGUCUUCCCGUUUACUUUAUUGACCCUCUUCAUCCUGAUAAAUUCUUUUCAAGAGGAGAAUUUUAUGGAGAGCGUGAUGAUUUCAAACGUUUUUCCUUCUUCAGCCGAGCCGCACUUGAGUUGCUUCUUCAAGCUGGCAAGAAACCAGACAUAAUUCAUUGCCAUGAUUGGCAGACAGCUUUUGUUGCUCCUUUAUAUUGGGAUCUAUAUGCUCCAAAGGGAUUGAAUUCAGCAAGAAUAUGUUUUACUUGCCACAACUUUGAGUACCAAGGGAAUGCACCUGCUUCUGAAUUGGCAUCUUGUGGUCUUGAUGUCCAUCAGCUUAAUAGGCCGGAUAGAAUGCAGGACAACUCAUCACAUGAUAGGGUGAAUCCCGUAAAGGGUGCAAUUGUCUUUUCUAACAUUGUCACAACAGUAUCACCUACCUAUGCACAGGAGGUUCGGACUGCUGAGGGUGGUCAUGGUCUACAUUCAACACUUAAUUUCCAUACCAAAAAGUUCAUCGGGGUUCUGAAUGGAAUUGAUACUGAUGCAUGGAAUCCAGCUACUGAUGAUUUUAUUAAAGUACAGUUCAGUGUAAAUGAUCUUCAUGGAAAAGCAGAAAACAAAGAAGCUUUAAGAAAGAUGUUGGGUCUUUCUUCGGCCGAUCCGAGAAGGCCUUUGGUGGGUAGCAUCACAAGGUUGGUUCCUCAGAAAGGUGUACAUCUUAUCAGACAUGCGAUAUAUAGGACACUAGAGCUGGGAGGACAAUUUGUAUUACUUGGUUCAAGCCCAGUACCACAUAUUCAGAGGGAAUUUGAGGGCAUUGCAAACCAAUUUCAGAAUCAUGAUCAUAUUCGGUUAAUACUGAAGUAUGAUGAGUCUCUUUCACAUUCCAUCUAUGCCGCUUCUGACAUGUUUAUUAUCCCCUCUCUCUUUGAGCCUUGUGGCCUUACACAGAUGAUAGCAAUGAGAUAUGGUUCUAUACCUAUUGUAAGAAAAACCGGUGGUCUACAUGAUAGUGUCUUUGAUGUUGAUGAUGAUACCAUACCUCUCCGAUUUCGAAAUGGAUUUACAUUUUUGAAUCCUGAUGAACAGGGAGUGAACAAUGCAUUAGAGCGCGCAUUAAAACACUACAACAACAACCGCGAGGGAUGGCAGCAACUCGUUCAGAGUGUCAUGAACUUGGAUUUCAGCUGGGAUUCAUCAGCGUCUCAGUAUGAAGAACUCUAUUCCAAGGCUGUGGCUAGAGCAAAGACGCUGAUAAAUCGUUCUUAAGCUUACUUGAAAAAGGCGACUCAUCUGCCUCUCUAUGAAACACAAUUUUUUUGAUUUGGCUGACAAACGUUGCUUUGCUAUGCUACUUCAUCGAUCCGGCUACCGAGCACAAUAACAGCUUCAGAUGAAACUUUUAAGGCUUGAAGCUGCAUCAAUGGAUGUCCAUGUCCUUCAUGCUUUAACCCUUCACCAAACUUUUCAUUCUUUAUAUAGACAAUUCAUUUCGUUCAUAUAAAUAGUACCACAGUUGUAUAUCAAGGCUUUCUUUUUUAUUUUAUUUUUUUGUCUUUUGAAUUUUCUUUAGUUUAUAUUUAGCUAUUUGCAAUAUCACAUGUAUAUGUUUCGAGUCAUACAGAAAUCAGUGUAAGGAAUCUUGUAAUUGGUUUAUACUCUCAACAAAUUAGUUAUUGUAUUAUAAAA